AUGGCCGCCACAGUAAAAGACGGUGACAUUCAUGUCACAUUUGAAGAUCAACAAAAGAUCAAUAGAUUUGCAAGGACUAAUGCUCGUCUGGUGGAUGUGAAAGAGGAACUUUCUGCGAAAGAGAAGGAGCUGGAGAACCUCACGUACGCAGAAGAGGAGAUCAUGUUGCUGGAUGCUGACAGCGAUACAAUCGGCGAGGUUCUUGUAGAGAUGACGAUUGAGGAGGCCCAGGCUGCACUGGAGAAGGCCAAGGAGACUUGCCUGGAAGAGAUUGCAGCUUUGAAAGAAAAUGCAGAAAGUCACAAACAAAUACUUGGUGAACUCAAGACACAACUAUAUGCCAAAUUUGGUUCGAAUAUUAACCUAGAUUUGGAUGAUGAAAGCUAA